GGCCUCCAUGUCUCUCGGGUGGGCCGCACUUUCUUCACCUGCUUCUGCUUGUCUUCUUUCCGCUUUCCUUCAGCAUUGACGCUGACGGUCAGGUUUCGAUUCACUCGCAUCUGCAUCCAGCGACAAGCUCCCUGAGAAGUCCGAACUGGUUUUCUUCUUUCGUUUUCGGAAGGUGCUGUUUCGCUUUGAUGAGAUCUUCUCCCAGCCAUACCUAGUUAGCUGAUUGAACCUGGAUAAGUUUCGCAUUCCAAAUUCAGUCUGACUUUCUCGAUAGAGGUGAUCUCUCAUUACGAGACCUCACCUCUUUGUCCAUCAGUUUAAAUGGGUUGAUGUCUUGACAAGAGUAGACUUUUCUGUCGAAAGCUGUGAAGCGGUUGAAGAAGAAUGGCAGCUCGAUUAGUUAUGUAUGUUGGAGUUACUCUCGGUCUUACCCGUUGACUGGAACCGGAUAUCUGGUCGAGGCAUCUCGAUGGAAGACUCACGGCAUAAUUCCACCCUGAACAAAAACCCUGAAACCACUAGUUUUGUUCCUGGGAAAAAGGUUUCUCAGACGUCUCUGGUUGCAUCAAGGCCAAAAACAUUCUCAAAAAAUAAAUUCAAUUACAGGCACAUAGCUUCCCUGGGACAUGGCCGAAUUAGAAGCAGUGUAUUUGGUGAUUUAGCAUUCUUUUUGCUCAAAGUUGCAGCACUAGAAUCUGUGAGGAGGUUUUCCAGGGCCAAGUGUCCAAUUGCUUGGCGCGGUCUUCAGGCUUUACAACUUCUCUGUUACCCACCAUUAAAGUGGCUACAGAGAUGGGCUCCCUUCAGGGGUUUGGUAAAAGGCAUGCAGACAUUGUCCAGGCCUCUAUUAGUUCUAUCAGUAGCUACAGCAUUCUCUGAUCAAGAAGAGCCUACCUCUGAAAGUUUGGAUGCUGUGAGCGAUUGCCAAGAAUAUUCUAAUGUACGUUCAGAUCCGGCUACUUUGCAGCAUUCUUCAGAUGCCAAGUGCAUGAUCUGCAAUGAAGCUCCUCAGAUUCUAGCAUCAGAAAAUUGGUUAGUCAGUUUGCAUAAAGAACUGGAAGAUCAAGGGAUUACCUUGCCAGACAGAAUGGAUGAGGAUGAGCUCCGUAGAUUUCAUGUUGCCGCAAAUGGUGAUUUCUCAUCCUUGGUGUCCUCAAUUAAGAGGACAAUUCUUUGGAGGGAAACUUACAGACUCCUCACCGAGGAAGAACUUGAGGUUUGGUCGAAUUUGCUCUUCUGGCAUGGAGUUGAUUUGAGACAUAGGCCAUGUCUCAUAGUGCGGCUUGGCUUGGCUUUCAUCAGCUUGCCACCACACGAGAGACCUCGCUUCUCUCAAGCUGUCAUAUCUCAGGUGGAAUGCGGAGUGCUUCGCUUGGUUAAUUCUGACAGUACCCGAAUUACCGUUGUCGUUGACUGUCAGGGUUUAUCUCCAUAUAGAAUCCCCAUGCAAAUAAUAAGAUCUUGUUUAUUCCUUCUGCAAGAUCAUUACCCAGGCCGGCUUGGUUGUGUGUUUGUUAUACGACUUCGCCCUGUUUUGCGAGUUAUUUGCCAGACUCUAGUACAGGUUCUGAGACCUUCCACCCGAGAGAAGCUGAGGAUUCAUGGAGAAAAUUAUCAGAAGGUUCUUGCCGAGAGUCUUCAGACACUCCCAUUGUAUCUUGGUGGCAAUUGCAAUUGCACGAGCUGUAGAAUCAUGAGCAAUUGUGAUGUGCAGCAGCGUUCUGAGACUGAGAGCCCAAAUUCUGGGGCUGAUUUCUCUGAUGUUGAGGACAGAGAGGAGCAACCUCAUGUCCAUAAUUAUGAGAGGCAUAGGGAUGGCAAUGCUAACUGGGACUUGGCGGUGAAAACAGCUAUGCUUGUCAUCCUUAUGUUGCUUGCCUUGGUUACUCUGCUAUCUGAUCCAGAGCACCGUCCCUUAUAGUUCUCAUGAGACAUGCAGCCGGUUGUCUCUGAUAUGGGGACAUUUUUUUGGAAACUUAGGUUAGGGAAGGUCCUGUAGGCAAAUUUUUUUUAGCAUUCAUGCCUCCUCUAAUGGAGAGGAGUCAGUAAGCCAAGAGUUUAUGCCAGUAGAGAUUUGUUUUGAUCCUAGUCCGUGUAGAUUUCAUUGUGUAGUUUCUUCUGGCGAAUUGCUUGGGAUUGAGAGUGUUUAAUGUGGCCAUAGUAGUAUUGUAGGGUCAAGAUAAGAAAUACAAGAGACCAUUAGCCAAAGCAGUCAUUAGGUUGUAGAGUUUGUCUGCGAGAUGAAAGAAAGAAGCAGAAAGAGGAACUGCAUAAGAGAGUGAACAACACUAAGCAGGAAGGAAGGACACAAGGAGGGAGGGACAGAGGAAAAUGAAGUUGCGGGCUGGUCAUCUGUCAAUAGGAGCAGUAGCUUGCACUUGGUGUCGAAGUUCACGGAGACGGAUGUUGCUGCCUCAACUGAAAAAAGCCGAGUUACCCGUGCAAAAGUGGGCAUGAUACUACAAGGUCAUGAAAAGCCUCUCUCCUUGCCAAUUUGCCAUGUCAUGUGGUUGGUGGUAAGAUCUCUCUUUGACCAAUUUCCAGCCUCUGAGAUUUAUCUGAUAUCGUGAAUUUUUCUUUUGGAAAGUUUUCGAUUUGGCUGCCAAAGUAUAUGGCCUUCUGUGUAAUACGGAGUAGCGAACCCCAGGAUUUUCCCUUUCCAGUUUCUGGGAAGCGUCAGAUUUUUUCUAUGUUCAUUGGGUGGCAAUUUUGUGCUUAUAUUCUUA